AAUCCUUGAAACUUGAAAGAAAAGAACUAAAGAACACUGGUAAACUGGUAAUAGGUGAAGAAAGUUCAGAUUGCGGCAUUUCCUACUGAAGAAAGUUCAGGACAUUCCCAGAUUGCGGCAUUUCUUACUUCUUCUGUUCUUCAACUUGUUCAAAAAUCCACAAAACUUUCUUCCAAUGGACGAAGAUCGCAUUUUGGAGAGAGAAAGGUACCAAAUUGAGCAAAUUCGUGAGCUCGAUGACGAGGAAUUGCAGAUUGAAGAAGUCGAAGGCCUUCCUGACGACUCCGAUGAUGAUCCUAUUGAUUUUUCCCUUAGAAGGCUGGAUGGUUGUACAUUUAACACCUGUCUGGCGUCAUUGCAUACAUAUUUGGGCGUGGUGGAAGACACUCAUCAUAGGACAGCUUUUGUUGAUACUGGAACCACUUUGACUCUUCCUCUUUUUUUUCUUGAAGGUGUUUGUAUUAAGUUCACUUUGACAUUGUGCCAAUAUAUCAUAGGUGUUGUACUUUUUCCGGAGGCAACUCUGCCUUUAAGAAUUAUACAGCCGAAUUUAAUAGCCGCUAUAGAAAGAGCAAUGGGUCAGGUUGAUUCCCUUUAUACCAUAGGUGUGAUUCGUGUCUACUACGACCCUGAAGAUGAAAACGUAAAAUCUGAAACUAUUGGGACUACUGCAGAGAUUCGACAAUACCGUCGUUUGGAGGAUGGAACUGUCAAUGUAGUUACCCGUGGAAGGCAGCGGUUCUGUCUUAGACGCCAUUGGCGUGAUGCUGAUGAAGCUCCAUGUGGAGAGAUUGAAAUUAUUGAAGAAGAUUUGCCUGCAAGGACUCCGCGUGACGCAUUUGGAAACUUACCUCCAUUAAUGAACCUUAGUAGUCGGAGCUUUUCUGACGCUACAAAACCGCAUCAUCAGGCGAAGAGACAUAGUGGUGCAGUUGAGAACAAUGAUUCGGAUGCAGAGUCUGAAGAAAGUUUUCUGACCGAGCUUUCAUUAUCAGAGAUUAGAUUGCAUCAAUCUGCUAUUGAGUCCUGUGCUGCUUAUGAUAUGAUUGACGAGUCAACAAGCAGUGACGAUGAAAAGUAUGUUUGUGAGUCGGAGCUUCACUCAGGAAAGUCUCUAUCAAGUGAUGGUUCAUCACAAUCGAAGUAUAGAAGUAGAAUAGGUGCUGCAACAGGAGUUGAGAGAAAAGCUAGAAUUAGGCAAUUGCCUCAGAAAGGAGGUAUGCCUGCCGGGUUAACUAAGUUCCGUUCUGUUUCCAGAGCAUUCUGGCCAUACUGGGUUUAUCAGAUGUAUGAUUCUUUUGCUCUUGCUCAAAAGGCAGCUGAUAUGUGGAAGCAGGUAGUUGGGGCACCAAAUAUGGAUGGUUUUGUUCGAAAGCCUGAUAUCUUGUCAUUUUAUAUUGCUAGUAAACUUCCUGUUUCCGUGUCAACAAGACAGGAGCUACUGGAAAUCAAUGGAGUCUCCUGUAGAUUACGCCGGGAAAUAAAAUUACUUGAAGGUUUUGAUCGUGUUAGGUGUAAAAACUGUCAGUCCGUAAUUGCGAGGCGAUGUGAUAUGCUGGUGAUGUCUAAUGAAGGUCCUACUGGUGCAUAUGUUAACCCAAGUGGCUUUGUGCAUGAGAUAAUGACUCUAUACAAAGCCAAUGGUCUUGCUCUGAUUGGCCGACCUGGAUUAGAAUACAGCUGGUUUCCAGGAUAUGCAUGGACUAUCGCCAACUGUGCUACCUGUGAGAGGCACAUAGGCUGGCUGUUUACUGCUGUAAAGAAGAAGUUGAAGCCUAAAUCUUUCUGGGGAGUUCGAAGUUGUCAGAUUGCUGAUAUCCUGAAAUAAGAUUUCUGGACUUGAAUCUCAGUUACAUGUCCUUGUGUUUGUAAAUGGUCACAUAUAGAUAUCACAGUCUUCUCAGUCAGAGAGUAGAUGCUUAUACAAACAAUUAACAAACUGUAUCAAACGUAGUUCUCCAUAAUUUUCCUAUAAAGUAAAUGUGAGGCUACAUAGUGUAGUUCUUUCUUUCUUAUUGUGUUCUGUUUGCAGUAUGUUAGUAUUGAGCAAUGGAGUUUGUUCCGUUUUUCCGGCUCCA